AUGUCUACACCGGAACAAGAUACAUCCCAUCACAAAUUUAGCAAAACUCGACGUUUACCACCUCCACCACCAGCAAUAUAUAGAAAAACUCGAUCACAUUCACUUAGUGCUGAUGGAGAACAAUCGCAUGAAUCAUCAAAUGAUGAAAUAAUACCUUCUGAACAACUUGAUUUUUCUGAAAUUCGAAAGAAAUUCGAAAAUCCAACAACUCCUGAAAUAUCUCAGCCACAUACUUAUAAAAAAAGACCAUCCGUUCCAAUAGCAAAAAUUACUCAAACAAAUAUAUCACCUCCAUUAUCUCCUUCGUCGAUAUCAUCAAAUACAAUUAUAACAACACAUUUCAAACAAUCAAAUGAAAUAACUACUGCUCAAAUAACAUCUGUCAGACAAACUAUAUCUUCUAAAACAAAAUCAUCAACACCAACUCCAUUAACAGAUGGUUCAAAUAGUACAAUAAUAAAAAAAAUUUUACGUUCUUCAUUAAAUAGUUUUGUUAAAAAUGGACUACAUUCACCUAUUGAAGAACAAGAUAAUCCAUUAUCAAACGAUCCAAAAUCACCUGAGUCUUCAUUACAAUCGGAUAAUGAGAAUAAUGAACAAGCAAAAUCAGUUCGAAAAAUUCGUGAUUUUUUCGAUGGAUACAAAAAUCCUCAUGUUUAUCAAGUAAUAAGAACAAAUCUUGCUUCUCCAUCAACACGUCAAUCAGAUCCAUCUAAUUUAACAUCAAAUUCACGUCAACUUCCACCACGUCCACCACCACGUCCAGAAAAUUAUCUUAAAUCACAAAUAUCUGAUUGGAAUUCCAUUCCAUCACUUGAUAUAAUUGAUAAUAUAACCGGUGAUUCUAGUCUUUCAUCAAAUCUAAAUUUAAGUCAAUGUAAUUCAUCCGAUGUAUCAUUUACUGAUGAAGAAGAAGAUUACGAAGCUGAACGACAAAGUAAAUUACGUCGAUGUCUUGAAGAAGUUCAUACUACUGAAAAAACUUAUGUGAAUAUUCUCUAUGUACUUUCCGUUAAACUUUCUGCUGAAAUAAAAAAUACAUGUGAUAAAGAUGAUAAUCUUAUAUUAAUAUUUAAUAAUACAUAUAAACCAUUACUUGGUACUAUACAACAAAUAUAUCAAUUACAUUAUACAAUGAUUUUACCUGAAAUUGAAGAAUAUAUUAUUGGUCAACGUACAGGUAAUAUGUGGUCAAUAUUUGAAAAAAAUUUUAAAGUUAUUGAAGUAUUAUAUAAAAAUUAUUAUGUUACAUAUUAUGAUACUCAAGGAAAAUUAGAUGAUUUAUGUAAAAAUUAUCCAUUAAUUAAUGAUGCUAUGCUUAAAUGUCAAGCUCAUCUUGGAAAUUUAUAUCCAAUUACUCAACUUAAUUGUCCAAAUCAACGUUUACUUCGUUAUAUUCUUUGUAUGAAAACUUAUAUGAAACAUCUUGAUCAAAAUUCUACUGAAUAUAAAUAUAUACGUUCUAUACAUGAUGAAUUUGAUCGUAUAGCUGGACGUUGUGAAGAAGAAUUAGUUAUAUCAGCAGCACAAUUAAAUGAAUUAAAAGAACGUCUUGAUAAUAAAUUUGAAUGUAUUAAAGAACAUCGUAAACUUUUAUGGCAUGGUCCAAUUAAAAAAGUUUCACCACGUCGACAUAAUGAUAUUGCACAACGUUAUAUGAUUUUAUUUUCUGAUUGUCUACUUGUAUGUAAUGAAGAUUCAGGACGUAAACUUGAUAUAAAACGUGAAUUAUCAAUGAGAGGUAUAACUAUUGAUAUUAUACCAAAUGUACGAACAACAAUUGUAUCAAAUAAUGAUCAACAAAAUAUUUCAAUUAUAUAUUAUCCAUUUCGUGUUAAUGCUGUAGAAAAAUCAUAUGAAUUUUUAGUUGAUAAAGAAUCUGAUCGAGAACUUUGGGUAAAAAAAAUUCGACAAGCAAGUGAAGAUUAUAAUAGACGAAAUUCAAUGAUUGAAAUGCGUCAAUCAAUUAAUCAAUCUGAUGAACAACAACUUGGUACACGUGCACCUGCAUGGAUUAAUGAUCUUGAUGUAACACGUUGUCAAAAUUGUAAUAAUCGUUUUCGUACAACAAUUAUUUUAUCACGACGACAUCAUUGUCGUUGCUGUGGUCGAUGUGUAUGUGGUUCAUGUUCAACAAAAAAAUUAGUUCUUGAAUAUUGUAAACAUGAAGGUGAAGUACGUGUUUGUGAUACAUGUUAUACACAUUUUACUGGUACAGAAUUAAGUAAAAAUACAAGUAUAUGGCCAAAAACAACACGUGAUAUAGAUCGUACAAUACUUUUUGGUGAUUUUCGUACAGUUAAUUCAGGUACAAAUAUUUGGAUUGCUUUACAAGAAGAUUAUCAUUUACAUAUAUAUGGUGCAAAACUUGAUCAAGCUGAAGAAUAUUCUAUAAAUCUUUGUGAUUUAAUUGAAUUACAACUUGAAUCUGAUACACGAACAUUUACAUUACGUGAAACAACUAAAACACAUAUAUUUGCUAUUGAUUUAAAUCAUCAAAUAAGAUAUGAAAAAAAUAAUUUAAUUGAUGAAAAAUUAAAAAAUUUUGAUAAUAAAUUAACAUUUUAUACAAAUUUAUGGCUUGAAGCAAUGCAAUUAGCUCGUUCAACAACACUUCCUGAAUGGUAUAUAAGAAAACGUGAUUCGGCUGAUAGUGGUGUAAGCAUUGUUGGUUAA